CGUUCUCUCUCCUGCACAGUUACAAUGGAUCACACGUACUUAUUCUUGCUCGUGCAUUUUAGUGUAAUCUCUCUGGCGACCGCCGACACGUACAGCGUGAAGAUAGACGCGGAGCACCAUGUAAACUUAGUCGAUAGUAGGUUUUUGAGUUUCACCAUAGAUCCUAAAUAUUUGUUUUCGAGCAGUGGGAAAUAUGAUAACAAAGAGUGCAUCUGCAUGGCGUCAGCACUCACGCCGUCAUACCUCAGGAUCGCAGGCCCGUCUACGGCGCAGAUGAGUUUCCACAACGCCACCAUCUCUAUUGACGAGGGCAGAGAGGCUGAGGACCUGGCUGUUGGGUACCGGCAGUGGAGGAAGUUCUUGCAGUGGGCCCAGACUACCGGCUUUGACUUGGUGUUCGCGUUGAAUAAUCAAGAGAGGAUGCCGUCGGGCAUGUGGGACCCCAACACCACGCUCAACAUCCUCACCGUGGCGGAGAAGGCGCACGUCGGAGACAUCUUCUGGCAGUUAGGUUAUGAAUGCACGAACCAGUCAAUCGAAGAAUACCUCAACGACCUGGAGACUCUGAGAGUGAUUAUAGAGACGUUCUCUCCCGGGAGGGCUGGUGCGUGGAAGGUGGUCGGCGGUGACGUCACGGGCUGCCUUCAUGCUGACUCCAAGAGCGAUUUCAAGGACUAUGUGAUGCUAUCUACUGAGAUGAUGGAUGCUAUUAUGUUGAAUGGCAACUCAUCAGCUCAAGAACUAGAGCGCAUGACGGAGUCAGAACGCCUGAAGUUGCUAAAGCUGCUCACACACAAUCCAACUCCGUUAUGGCUGACGGAGACCACGCCGAGGGUAUAUAAUGAGCUGGAGCGUGCGGUGGACUGGCUCACCAGCCUCGGGUACUCUGCGAGGAAUGGUUUCUCCGUCCAUUACAGGGAGCUAUUGGAGGAGGAGAUGUACGAGCCAAGUUUGAGUUUCUACAUGGCCCUACUCUUCAAGAACUUAGUCGGUGAAAAAGUAUUAAACCUUGAAAUGGAUCCUGAACAAGCUAUAAUCUUUGGUCACUGUACAUCGCUGCGCCAUCAACCUGUAUCAGGGGCGGUGACGCUUUACGGAGCGAACAUGGACGAUGAACCAGCUAGGUUUUCACUGAAGUUGUCGAAGAGAGAAGAGGGUGGUGAUAUAAUGCAAUUCAUACUUGCGCAUGAUCAUAGUGGGAAUAUAGUGGUCAAUGGUCGUGCUAUGUACUAUGAAGGGGACAUCAGACCGGUAGUAAAAAGAGUGAGGCCAUACAAAACGUUGCUAAUUAAUUUGCCGCCAAAAUCUUUUGGAUUCUGGGUGCUGGCCAACACUAAUAUUGAAGCAUGUCAAGACAUCGACGAAGAAACUAUUGACAAAGAUUCCUUUAGUCAUAAGACCAAUAAGACCAGAGUAAAACGGUCAUAUAUAGAAGAUGAAGAUAAUGCAUUAGCAGAUUUAUCGUUCGAUUUGAUCGAUCCAGAUUACACUAUGACUACCAAUAAUGAGGCUUUGGCUGCUAGAAUUAAGAAUAUUAACAGUGAUCUCAGAAAGGCUACGAAUAAUUUAAAAUACGUGUCAAAGAGGGUAAAGAGAAAAGAUAGCGAAACUGAUAGCAGUAAUAAAAGGAAAUUUAGGAAAUUUAAACCAAAGGCAGAAAAGAGAAUUUUAAUGUCGGACUUGAAAUCGAGAGGGUUAUUAGGAAACUUACUGCAAUCGACAAGACGUAACUUAACUAGAAGUAAAUUUGAUAGAAACAGAAAAUUUUCAAGACUCGGAAAAACUAAAGUCGAUAAACGUUCUUCACGGGGUAAAGUGAAAGAAAAAUUGGAUAUACCAAAGGAAACCAACUUAGAGAAUCAAGCCCAUACAAGAAGACGAAGAAGCACAGACAAAGCGACAGACUAUGAAGAAAUUACUGCAAACGAAAUUAAUGACAGUGGAGAAAGCGCAAAAGUUUGGAAAAUUCUACAAAAGAUCCACAAACAAUUAAAAGAUUUGUCUUUAGAAAAGGAUGAAUAUGCCGAGGAAGAAAGAAAAGACGAUCAAAAACACCAUGUAUUGAUAAAAACAAAAGUGACUGAUGAUAGUGCAGCUGUAGAGGUAGGAGAAACAGACAGGGGCUUCAUAAAAACAACUGUUACCAAUCUAAUGGAUAUUCUUAAUGAAUUGAAUAAGAAUAUGAAUAAAAUUUGGAAUGCCAUUACGUUUUUAGAAUAAAAUCAACGGAGAAAGAGAUACAGAGUGAUAUUUUUACCUAAUUUUGAAGAUAUAAAGGUGUGUUCAUUGGUGUGAUUGGCAUAGUAGGUAAAAACAAUGAAAGUGAUUUGCUUUAAAGAUUAACUUAUUUUUAAAUGUAGACUAUUGCUGUAAUCUAUUUAAUUUUUGUACAUAAACCUAAUUAUAUUUUUAUACUGUAAAUUAAAUAAUAAAUUAUUAUGUCCUAGUAAUGUUGGUAUAAUUCAGACUUUGUUUUUUUUAUCUUUAUGUAUAGUUUAUAUUAGCUGAUGACUAAAUAGUUGUAGCUAGAUAAGUUCUUUUCUUUUAACAUAGUUUAAAGGAGAUAAGAACUUUCUACUUUAUUUAAAAUGACAGUAUUAUCGGCAGAAAUUUAAUCACUGGUCCUUAGAAUUAAUAGUCACAUGAAAUAAAACAACACCAUAGUGGUACAAUGUAGUUUAUUAUUUAACAACAUGUUGGAUAAACCAUUCUCAUGGGCGGACAUGCCGGCACGAAAAUGGCUACCCUCCUAAACUUUUUACCAACUAAGGGGUUCCCGUAAAUAAACCUUAACAAUGCUC